GACCAAGUGCGAAUCAGUAAGAAAGAGUUUGAUAGUGAACGUGCCAGAAUGUAUGGACCUGUGGAUUUAUGGCAUCAUGUUGACUGCUUUGUGAAGAAGCGUGCCGAACUGGGCUUCUUUGAGAGUGGUGACACCAUUGCUGGCUUUGGCACUCUCUCUGCUGAUGACAAGAAUAUGCUCAAGUCGAAGUUGAAAAAGAUUGAAGUGAAGAGGAAGGCAGAAGACGAGCCAGACUGUGCGCCCAAGAAGAUAAAAACAGAAGAAGAGGAAACGGUUCGAAAGCAGAGCAAGACCAUGUUCAAAUACCGAGACAAUCUAGCCAAGCUCCUGAAGAAGAAGGAGCUGAGCUACAUCCUGGAGCACAAUGACCAGUACAUGCCCACGGGGGACAGCAAAAUGCUGGAUGUCAUUGUCGAUGGAAUGACAUUUGGUGCCCUGGAGCCGUGUGAGGUUUGCCAGGAUGGACGUCUCAGUUACGAGUCUGGUAAAGGCUACAAGUGCCACGGCAACCUCACUGAAUGGACAAAAUGCACCAAUAUUGUCAAGGAACCAAAGCGCCGUCCGUUCAAAAUUCCCGAAGAGCUGAGAAAUAGCUUUGACUUCUUGAAUCAGUAUAAAUUCAAAGGAAUUCAGAAGAGAGUGUGGAUUGAUCAUGGACCGUCAACUGCUGAAUUGACCGUGAAGGCAGAAAAUGGCUCAUCCAUGUCGACCUCAGGCCAAACCCCUAGAGGGCAUGAAUUUCGUUAUUUUUGGGGACAAAGUUCGGAAUGGAUAAAAAACCACAUUGGAGGGACCAACAAGAAGAUCGAUGCGGCCAAGGAGCACAACAUCCAGUGCACACCCUUAGAUGAAUUAGUCUAUCUCCUGACCAUCAGGGAGUUGUGUUGUUACAUCAGGUAUUUGACUUACAGUACAUUUGAUCACUUACAGCCCCAGGACAGAGUCCAUGCUUCCAAGUCAUCAAGUAAAUCCAAAUUCGAGUCUCGAUUCACCAAGAGCAUGCCAGACAAACAGAAGAUCAAGCUGAAGGGAGGAGCAGCUGUCGACCCCGACUCCGGCCUCGAGGACAGGGCGCACGUGUAUCAGGGAGGCAAAAAGAUAUACAACUGUGUCUUGGGCAUGGUGGACAUCGUGCGAGGGACCAACUCCUACUACAAGCUGCAGGUGCUGGAGAGUGAUUUGAAAAACAGGUGGUGGUUAUUCCGCUCGUGGGGACGCAUUGGCACUACCAUUGGCAACAACAAGCUGGAAGACAAGGAGGACCUGCAGGAUGCUCUGGCCCAAUUUGAAGGACUCUACGAGGAGAAGACGGGCAAUCGCUUCUCUGCCAAAGAAUUCAACAAGGUGCCCGGCUGUUGGUAUCCACUUGACAUUGACUACGGCCAGGAAGAAGAGAUAGUAAAGAAACCUACCACAGGAGGCUCAAAGAGCAAGUUGCCAAAGGAGGUUCAGGAGUUAGUCGCACUCAUAUUUGAUGUUGAUACGAUGAAGAGUGCCCUUGUUGAGUUUGAGAUUGACGUCAAGAAGAUGCCCCUGGGAAAGUUGAGCAAGAAGCAGAUCGAGAGUGCCUACAAGGUCCUUUCGGAAGCCCUCAGGCUCAUCAGUGAAAAGCAGGACACCAAGGAUGACUCCUCUUCCUCCCCCUCCUCGUCCUCCUCCUCCACCUCCUCUCAGGCCAGGAUCAAGGCUCAACUCCUUGACUGCUCCAACCGCUUCUUCACCCUCAUCCCCCACGACUUCGGCAUGAAGAAACCCCCCAUCCUGGACGAUUUGGAGCUUAUCAAGGCUAAGGUGGCCAUGCUGGACAACCUGAGCGAGAUUGAGGUGGCGUACAACCUUCUGAAGUCUGAGGGCGACGAGGACAAGGACGCAGACCCGAUCGACAAGCACUACGGCAAACUCAACACCAAGAUCGAGGUGGUGGACAAGAAGUCGGACGAGUUCAGCAUGAUCAAGAAAUAUGUCAACAACACUCACGCAUCUACACAUGGACAUUAUAAGCUGGUGGUCGAGGAGGCAUUCAAGAUCGAGAGAAGUGGCGAGAAGAAGCGCUUCAAGCCGUUCAAGCAGCUGCACAACCGCAAGCUCCUCUGGCACGGCUCCAGGCUCACCAACUUUGCUGGCAUUCUGUCCCAG